GAGAGCUCGUGCAUGCCCAGCAUGGCUCGGGGCACCGGCAGGCCUGUGUGGCUGAGAGCCAAGGCGUGCUGGUCACUCUGGCUUUGCUGGAGAUGGAGUGGAUGGCCAGGGCUCCCUGCCCUCCAGCAGGGGCAGGGCGCCUGACUUGGCCUCCCCGACUGCCCGCACCUAAAUGGUAACCACUCUGUGGAGGGCUUCGGCCUGCUCUGGCCCUCUGGCCCCAGCUCCGACCCCGGGCCUUUCCUUGCAGCAAUCUGGAGGGCUUCCUGGAAGAGUUUGCCGACAUCUCUAAGGAAGACCAGAUCAAGAAGCUGCAUGACCUGCUGGGGCCGCACAUGCUGAGGAGGCUCAAGGCCGAUGUGUUCAAGAACAUGCCGGCCAAGACCGAGCUGAUUGUGCGCGUGGAGCUGAGCCAGAUGCAGAAGAAGUACUACAAGUUCAUCCUCACGCGGAACUUCGAGGCGCUGAACUCCAAGGGGGGUGGGAACCAGGUGUCGCUGCUGAACAUCAUGAUGGACCUGAAGAAAUGCUGCAACCACCCUUACCUCUUCCCCGUGGCCGCCGUGGUGAGUCCCCGGGGCGCCUCGAG